AUGACAAGACUGAGUAUAAUACACACAGAGGUGUUGGCCAGGCUUUUUUUUUUUGUGCCUUCUUACCCAGAGGUAAUUGGGAAGCUGUGCCAGCAGUGUCUGAGCUGGUUCAGCACCUGUUCCCAUCCUGUUCUCAUUCCAUCAUGUGGAUUUCUCCAGCCACCUGCUGGGCCCCUGCACACAACGCUCACCAGAUUCCUCAAAGGAAUCACAGUGAUGGCACUUACUUCUGAUUGCCGGCUGCUGGUGGCAGGUUCCCAGGAUGGCUCAAAGCUUGUCUGGAAUAUGGAAGUUAUUGAGAUGCUGCACGCCCUCCCUGGGCACUCUGCUGAGGUGAGGUGUGUGAAAGUGUUUGGAAAAGGAACCUGUGCUGUCUCAGCUGCCAUGGAUCACAGUCUGUGCAUCUGGAAUUUGAUUUCUGGCAGAGUAAAGUUUGUUAUCCAAGCUACACAUAUUGAAGAGCAGCCCUCACAUCACCUUCAUGUGGAUGAGAGGCACAGGAUUGUAUAUUCUUCCUCAGACACAAAGGUCAAUGUUUGGCACCUGGAGACAGCAGAACUCAUCUUCCAGAUCUCUGCAGAGGUGUCGGGUGCGUGGAUGUGUUCUGCAGUACACAGCCUGAGGCAGGUGAUUAUGACUGUGUUGAUAUCUGGAUUUAUCACCACAAGAGAGAAACAGUUCAGCUAUCCUAGCUUCAUGUCUAACUUUUGCCUUAUUUCUCUGCAGAUCUCUUCUGAUGAAAACAGUCUGCUUGAGAAGCUUCCUGGGAGGGUUUGCUUUGUGGUUACUUCAGAAGAUGAGUCCAUUCUAUCUUUCAGAGCAAAAGAAAGCAAGUGGUCUGAAUGGCUCCUGGUGCUUCAUACAUUUGUUUUAGAAACAUUUUGUAUUCGUAGCUGUUCAACAUUUUUCCUUCUAGUGUUAGAGCUUGGAUGCUAUUCUUUGACUUCACCUCUGUUUCAGUACAAGUUAGCUAAGCUGUAUUGUUUCACCUCUUUAAUAGGAUUUAGGAAGAAGUGGCUCAGACACUUACUCCCCCACACCAACUUUUCCCAGGUGUGGAGUUUAUCAGAGCAAGGGUUGCUGAUGGACACGCUGGAUGGCAUGGGAGCACCAGUAACAUACCUAGCCCUGUACGACUGCACUUUGGUUUCUGAUUCCUGCAGCGUGAUGUACUUCAGAGUGUGGAACCUCGUUUGCAAGCAGCAGCAGGAAAUCUUGGCACGUGUCACAGACACAGGCUGCACUGCAGUGUCCCACAGAGGGAACUACGUCUAUUUAACCCAACCUGAGGACAGACAGGAAGUCAUCAUCUGGGAUGCCACAGAAGGUGCAGUGUGUGACACACUGGACACUUCUGCUCAAGUGAGAUGCCUGGAAAUAGCUGAGCAAACCCAGCUCCUCUUCACUGGACUCAUGUCUGGAACAGUCCUUGUUUUCCCACCAAACUCCAAGCAGGAUGUAGCAUGCAUCCCACCUCCAGAGUCACAGAAACCAGUCAACCAUAUGGCAAUCAACACGCAUGAAAAGCAGCUUGCCAUAGCAUACGAUGAUUUAUUCCUUGUGCUGGAUAUUAUCCCUGCAGAUCCAUGUCCAGCAAUCCACAGGCCCACCUACACCUUUUAUACUCAUAUCCCUCGUGCUCUGGUUUCCAGAGUGGCUGUCCUUGCAGAUUACAGAGUCCUCUAUGGCAUGACUACUGGGGAUUUAUUCCUUUAUGACUGCCCACAGUCCCAGGUGUUUCCUUUGGAAGGUCACAGAAGCCAGAUCUCCUGCUUGGAAAGCAGUCAUGGAGAGCACUGGGCACUCAGUGGAGCUGAGGAUUCGCUGCAGUGUCUCUGGGACUUGGAGUCCUGUCAGCAGGAACACGAGAUGUGCUAUUCUGCAUCUCUCCUGAAAGGCAUUCGCUGUGCUUGCUUUUCAAAAGAUGACAAGUACUUGUACACCGGGUCACUGGAUCAGACCAUUACAGCCUGGGAUGUUGCAAGUGGGUUCCUUAUUCUGAAUUUAGUUUCUGCAGGUGCCUUACUGGCGGUACAGUGCAUACACACAACAGCUACCAGAAUUGUGCCAACUGCAGAUGGCUUUGUUGCAACAACAAAGCUCUGUUAUAUUAUCCGUGAGAAGUUUCACUGUCCUACAACCACUUCUCAGUAUAACACAUUCCAAUCACCUCAGUGUGUACAGUAGAAUCCCGAAAGAAAGAUGGGAAAAACUCAAGCAAGCACCAGCACAGUCAAGGAAAUUCUUCUGAGAUCCAGACUCAUACCAACAAGCUCUCUCAGAUCUGUUCUGUGGUAUAAAACCAAAGACAAGCAAGGUUAAACAGCACAAACAGCCAGGACUGAGCCUGUGGCUUUCUUUUUGUAUCCUUUCGCUUUAGGUCUCAGAACUACAGCAUUAAAUAUCGCUGAAAACUCCCUUGUUGUGACUACCUCAGAGCAUCAAUGCCCUGGCACAAAAGUAUCGUAAUGACGACCUAGGAAAAGUAAAUAAGCAAAAAAUCCUUAGAGAUAUUCCUUCUGUGCAUUGUAAAAUAGGGAAAAUAAAUCAAAACAGAUAUUUGUGUUUAACUGCCUGAUGAAAAACUACACAUGCAGCCUCUGUGGGAGAUCUUUUAGGCAGGCAUUAGAAGGGGUUGCCCAGGGAGGUGGUGCGGUCACUGUCCCUGGAGAUUUUGAGGGAAGAGGUUGGAAAUGGUGUUAGGGACAUGGUUUAGGGGCUGACAGCAGUGGGAAGGGGUGAUAUUGGUGUGAGGGGGGCAGCUGUGGAUGCCCCAUCCCUGGAGGUGUUCAAGGCCAGGUUGGACGGGGCCCUGAUGUGGUGUGUGGCGUCCCUGCCCUACAGCAGGGGGCUUGGAGCUGGGUUAUCUUUGAGUCCCCUUUCAACCUGAGCCGUUCUAUGACUCCACCAUGGCUGGACUGGACGCUCUUGGAGAUCUUUUCCAACUU